AUGUUUAGCCGCUCAGCAAUUCGGGUGGCAUCUUGUAUUGUCGCUGGCCGUCGCUGUCUAACGUCUUUCGCUUCGGUUCCAACCUCAUCACUGAGCCGCCUUGCUACGCCUUCACAGUCAAGUCGAGUGUUCGGGCCAUUCGAUCCACCAAAGCAGCUGACAUUUAAAGAGGUUGAAUCACGUGUAUUGAAAGCUAUACGUGCGUGGGAUAGGUUCCCUGCAGAUAAGGAGACGUUGCUGAAAAUCGAGGCCGAUUUUAUGAAAGAUCUGGGUUUUGAUUCACUCGAUCAGGGUGGAGAUUAUGAUGGCAAUAGAGGACGAAUUUGGCUUCGAAAUUCCUCUUGA